GAAGAAGAAGAGGAGAAGCUCCUCUUGCUUUUUCCCAGCGUCUUCUUAAGGCCGUCGUGGAACCGUUUAAAGACCGUCACACGCCAUCGGUUCUGGCUGCGAACACGCGUACUUUGACGCGUUAUCGCGGUCGCCGGUCUUCCGCGAUCCGCUGAUCUGCCGGCCUAACGAAUUGGCGGAAAAAAGCGGAAACGCGACGCGAAUUGGAAAUCGAAAGUGCGGCUUGGCGAGUUAGGAACGACGACGAGGGAAGGGGUCGGGAGAAACGGUGGUACGGGCCUGAAUAAGGGCCCCAGGAAGGGGACCGGCUCAGGUAAGCAGCUGCAAGCGUCCGCAGGGGCAACAGCAGCCGCGCGCUUAAAUUAGUCCCGGCACAACUGUCGUUCGCGUAACACCAAAGCGAGGAGAGAGAUUUCUUCGGUCGUGCGUUUCGCAAGAGCGUGGUUUGGAGCGACGAAUUUUUGAAGAGAAACGGACUGGCUGGUGUUUGGAUAUGUCGGUGAAUGCGAAAAACGUGGAACAUUGAAAGGGAGUUGGAGGUGAGAUUCGACGAUCUUAAGCUUCGCGAUCGCACGCUAGAAUUUGAAAGCACUCUGGAAAUUGGAAAAGUUUGCGACUACGAUCGACGAUGCGCGGUCGCUAAUUGGCCGAGCGAAUUUGAACGAGAAGGAAGCCUCGUAUGGGCGGGAGAUCGCGAAGAAGCUAGAGGCUAGAGAAGAUCGAGAGGGAACGCGGGGGCAUUCGACGAUCGUAUGAAGGUUCACAGAGAGGCGAGCGAACGAAGAAGAAGAGGAAACGAAGGAAGAUGCUGAUACUUAGGCUAAUCGCGGUGUCGAGCCUCUGCUGGAUGGCCAGGUGCGAUUUGUUGGACCUGUACGUGCAGCACAUGGACGAGACCAUGAGGACCUUGGCCUACAGGAACAGGCAUCGUUCGAAGGACGUCGUAUCGAGGAUAAAGAGAAGUCUCGGAGAGGAGCAGGCGCUUCUCAGAGUAGGCACGUUUAAGAAACAACGGCUGGACGUGGAUAAAGAGUGGUACGCGCGAUGGAAGGCGAGGAGGAAGAUCCUCCCUUACAAGGAGGACGGGCUGGACUUUGCCAAUUCGAGGGAGGAAAACCCGGACCCGGAUCAACACGAGUUGGUGAACAACGCCAGUCGGAUACUCGGCGUCGGCGGAGAAUCCGAAGAAACGACGACCGCGUCCACGCUGGAGAUCAACGAAACCGCGAACGCGUUCGACAUCGACGUCUCUAACGGAGAAUCGACGCGGUCGUCCGGCAACGAUACAGCGCCGUUCGACAAACGACAACAAAUCGACGACGAGAAUCCGAAGGCGGAAUCUCGGGAGGAGACCACUCGGACCGUGGAUUUGCAGGACGACGUCGAAACGGACGAGAAUUCUCGAUUCGAGACGAUGGAGGAAAUCGGCGCCGGCGGAGCGAACAACCUCUUCGACGAUCCUAUCUCGAAGAGAAGUCCAAAGUCGCGAGACAGUCGAGUUCCGAAAAAGUACGUACCACCGAUGGACAAAUUGGCGAAGCUGUUACGCGCGUCCAAGUAUACCGGCGCCGAAGAGACGACGAACGAUCGACCCCGAAGAAGCAUCGAACAACCGAGGUUCACCAGACGCGAGAUACUCGACGACGACGGAGAAGUUAUCCUCGAGUGGGAUCCUUCGGACGAGCAGAUGGUCACCUUCAAGGUGAUCGCCAAGACCUUGGGAUACGUCGGCAUCGGAUUCAACGAGAAAAACCACAUGAAGGGAGCUGAUAUUCUGCUGGCUUGGGUGGACGAUCACACGGGCACCGUCAAUCUGCUGGACUCGCACGGGAUCGAAGGUCCGGAGGCGGCCCUGGUCACGGACACGUCGCAGGAUGUCAAAGUGUUGGGUGGCUCGCAAAACGAAACUCACACGAGCGUGAUCUUCUCGCGAAACUGGCAGACCUGCGACCCUCAGGAUCAUCGGCUCACGGGAGACACGAUUCGAGUCCUCUGGGCGCUUCAUUCCAGCGAUCCUGAGCUAAAUACCGCCGUUUGGCCCGGUGACAAGCGAGGAGGUAGAGCUUUGAGACUCAAGACCGCGGCCCCUCAUGCACCUCCCCGUCAUACUCGGGAUAUCAAGCAUUGGGACGUGAAAUUGAACCAACCUCCGGUUUCAGACAGCGUAGACACCACCUAUUGGUGCAAGAUCUUCAAGGCACCUCACAAAGAGAAACACCAUAUGAUCGGGUACACGCCACUCGUGGAAAAGGAGAACGAAGAUUUGGUUCAUCAUAUUAUAUUGUACGAGUGCGCCUCCACUUUGUCGAUCUUGGGACAACACGCGAGAAUCGUUGGAGCUCCGUGUUACAGUCCUACGAUGCCGCGAGAAUGGGAAUCCUGUUUGCAGCCGGUGCUUGCCUGGGCACGUGGUAGUACAGGUGAAUGGCUUCCGGAACACGUCGGUAUUCCCAUCGCGGAACAUCCCGAAGGCUCUUAUUACAUGUUAGAAGUGCACUAUAAUAAUCCGGAUAUGAAGAAGGUGGUAGACAGCAGCGGAGUACGUCUACACUUGACUGCGAACCUACGUCCUCAGGAAGCGGGAAUUCUCGUUGCUGGCGUGGCUGUUAGUCCUCUUCACCUGAUUCCACCGAAACAAAAGGAAUACGCCACGGCGGGUUACUGUACUCCUCAUUGUACCAACACUAUGUUCCCUGAAGGCGGAGUGAACAUCGUUUCGGUGGUGUUGCAUUCUCACUUGGCCGGUCGUCGUUUGAGUCUGAAACACAUUCGCCAAGGCAAAGAAUUACCCAGAAUAGUCGAGGAUAACCACUUUGAUUUCGAGUAUCAACAGUCUCAUACUCUGGAGAAGGAGGUGAAAGUCCUUCCAGGAGACGAAUUGCUGGCCGAGUGUGUUUACGGUACGUUGGACAGGACGAAACCUACUUUGGGAGGAUACGCGGCAUCUCAGGAAAUGUGUCUGGCCUUCGUGGUACAUUAUCCGAGAACACCACUAGCAGCUUGUUACAGUAUGACGCCGGUGAAACAUCUGUUCAAGACUCUCGGCGUGUACAGCUUCAAAGGCGUUACUAUGGAUCACCUGGAGAAGCUUUUCCUAACAACUAGGACCGAUGCCGUGACUAUUCCUUCCACUGGUCAACAACAGCUUCCGAUUUACCCUGCUACAAGGCCCAGCGAAGAAAUUGACGAGGAACUUAUAAGGGAGGCAAAGUCUGCCUUGAUGGCUAUGAGGGAUUACACGGUGGAAAACGAGAACGAUAACGUCUUCUCUCGGUUGAUCAUCGAAGAACCCGAAGAGUUCAGAGGUCGAACUUUGGCCGAACAUAUGCUGGCUCUACCCUGGACGGAGGAACUUCUUGCUAGAUCCAUCGAACAGAGUCUGUAUCAUGGCAGGCACAUGACAUUUUGCAGAAAGAGGGACGAUAAGCUUGCUCUGCCGGCUGACAUACAAACAUUCCCAAACUACACAGCACUGCCAGAAACCAACGAAACCACGUGCAGCGAAAUGGCAAUGCUAUCCAGUGCAUCGAGGACCUUGUACUUUGACAUCGUGCCGCUUCUCACGAUUCUCGUUACGGCGAUCGUUGUUUCCUAAAAUUAAAGUCAAAUACGUAUUAGACGUUUGAUUGUCCGUUGUUUGAUCGUCGUUGAUUCUACGGUCAAACGUAUCCGUCUCUUAUUCGUCUCGCUUACAAAUCGCCACUGUUCGAAACAGGCUAGAAACGAGCGAUAUCGUCCAACAAUAAUUUACGAGGCCGAUAUAUCUCUACCUGCAGGGAUAGAUAGGGCAAGAUUUUGAAAAAAUUUUCACCGCCCAACAUAUGUGUGUGUGCGUGUGCGUGUGUGUGCGUGCGUGCGUGUGCGUGUGCGUGUGCGUGUGCGUGCGUGCGUGCGCGCGUGUGUGUGUGCGCGUGCGUGUGUAUGAUGUGUACGUAUAUGUGUAUACACACGCCCACACACGCACAAAAAUAUAAUAUAAUAUAAUAUAUAUGUAUAAUGUAAUGUAAUGUAAAUAUACCAUCCACUUAUUUAUAAGGUAUUCGCGCUACAAGCCUUUCCCCUCUAUUUUAUAUGAAUUUUGUAUAAAAAAAAUAAACCAGUCUGUAGAAACUGUACCAUUGUGCGUAUCGUCGUCGACUGCCAUCCCCUUUUAUUAAAAAAUUAUUAGUAAAACCUCG